AUGUCGACGUCGGCGCCGAUGGAUUCGUUGCACAGCAAAUGCAAGAAAACGCCGGAGAAGCGAAUUCAAAUGCGAAAAAAGACACCGAAAGAGCUUGAGGAAAUGGCGACGGCGAAGGCGACCGAUCGAGCGCUGUCAUGCGAGUCCACCGAGGAUGAGCCGCAGCCACCGCGCGCGGUACCAAGUCAAACAUCAAUGUCGAAGCUUAACAAGGAUUUGGUAGGCAUCGAAUUCAAGCCUCACUUCUACUAUAAGUCGAAAUUCCAGCAAAAAGUGCCGAUGGUGAAGGCGUUUGCUCAUGCCGAAGCGGUUGAGGCGAAUCAGAAGAAGUGA